GCUAAGGCGAGCUCGGCCGGCGCUUCCCACCCGCGGGCGGCGGCGUCCGGCGGAGGCUCCGCGGCUCCACGGCACGCGCGGGAGUUGGAAGAUGGGGAAGAAAAGCAGAGUAAAAACUCAGAAGUCGGGUACAGGAGCCACAGCGACAGUAUCUCCAAAGGAAAUGUUGAAUCUUGUUAGUGAGUUAUUGCAAAAAUGCAGCAGUCCUACUCCAGGCCCUGGUAAGGAAUGGGAAGAAUAUGUACAGAUUCGUUCACUUGUUGAGAAAAUUCGCAAAAAGCAGAAAGGUUUGUCUGUCGUCUUUGAUGGAAAAAGAGAUGACUAUUUCCCUGAACUGAUAAAGUGGGCAACUGAAAAUGGAGCAUCCACAGAGGGUUUUGAAAUAGCUAACUUUGAAGAGGAGGGAUUUGGUUUGAAAGCAACAAGAGAGAUAAAGGCUGAAGAGUUGUUCCUGUGGGUUCCUAGAAAGCUGUUGAUGACAGUUGAAUCAGCUAAAAAUUCAGUAUUAGGCUCCCUCUAUUCUCAAGACCGAAUUCUUCAAGCCAUGGGCAAUAUCACGUUGGCAUUCCAUCUUCUUUGUGAGCGAGCCAACCCCAACUCUUUCUGGCUGCCCUACAUCCAGACGCUCCCCAGUGAAUAUGACACUCCUCUCUAUUUUGAAGAAGAUGAAGUGCAGUACCUUCAGUCAACUCAGGCCAUACAUGAUGUUUUUAGCCAAUAUAAAAAUACAGCUCGACAGUAUGCCUAUUUCUACAAAGUUAUUCAGACUCAUCCCAAUGCCAGCAAACUGCCCUUAAAGGACUCUUUUACUUACGACGACUACAGAUGGGCCGUGUCCUCUGUUAUGACACGGCAGAACCAGAUUCCCACAGAAGAUGGUUCCAGAGUUACGCUGGCUCUAAUACCUUUAUGGGACAUGUGUAAUCAUACUAAUGGACUGAUAACUACAGGCUACAAUUUAGAAGAUGACCGGUGUGAAUGUGUGGCGCUGCAGGAUUUCAAGGCCGGAGAACAGGCGUGCAGCCCUUCACCCUGGAACAGGAAGUACCAUGGGAGACUCUUGUAAGGAUCCAUGGAACAGUUCAGAAUCAACCCCUAAGAAUCAAAACCGAGGGUUGAAACUAGUGCUGCCUUGACAACAGUGGCUCCAGGAGUGUAGGAAAUGCUCAGCAGGAGAGUUCCUGUGCUGUGUCAGCAGCCAGCCUGAGCUCUCAGUGGAGCAGCACUCCAUUUUUCCUAGUGCUUGUGCAACUGCAGUCAGUGUGGCCAGAAAAACACUUUGUCUGUGAAACAUCCUGAUGUGUUUUGUAACUCAGUCUCUGAGUGCUUACUUUUGGUGUAUUAUUUUGCCGAUCUUAGACUUGAUUGUAUUUUGAUUUUUGUUGUUGUUUUUCUUACACAUUGUUACCUUCUUUGGAACCAACAUGUGUCUGAAAAAAUUCUGAAGUGAGUGUUGCCAGAGGUGUGUUUAUCCUCAUUGCCAUGCUGGGGUUUACAGUGACUGUAUGGCUUUGGUGUUGCCAGUACAAUUUGUUAUGGUAGUCAAAUAGCUGCUGUAUUUUCCAGUGCUGGUAUGAUGAGUUAAAAGCAGUCCGGAGUUUCUCCACAAGUGAUCCAAUUUGUACUUUUCCUCAAGUGGCAAUGGAUGUUUCAAAUAACUGUUCUGGCUGCUCUCUCUACUUCAUUUAUAGGGGCUUCCUCUGUUUCAAUUUCAUUGUAAGAGUUUCACUUUGUCUGCUUUAACUUUAACUAUUACCAACAUCAUCAAAACAUUUUGAUUAUAUAAUGCUUCAGUUUUUUAAUUUAGUCUGGAGAAGAGGAGACUGAGGGGAUAGUUCAUUAACAUUUACAGGUAUCUAAAUGAUGGGUGUCAGGAGGUUGGGGCAGCACUUUUUUCUUUUGUACCCAGAGACAGGACAAAGGGUGAUGGGAUGAAGCUGGAACACAAACAGUUAUGUUAUAUUUACUAGUGCUUAAGCAUUCACUGCUCAGGAUAAAUAGUUCUAACCUAAAAUUGAAACCAGAGUAAAUGAUGUUGUUGAACCUCGAAGAGAAUGCUGUUGCCUGUAUCAGCUAGAGAGGAGUGGAAGCUUACAGGUAUCCAGAGUGUUGCUCUACUCUAAGGUUAGGAAGAGGAGGUCUAUAACUGUUGAAACUUUUUGUCUAAUUGACAAGUCUGUUAUCAAACAACAGAGUAAAAUACCUCUUGAUGCAGGGGAGAAAAAACUGCUGCUGUGAACUUGUCCCAUAUACUUUUAACGUAACCCUGAAUGAAGCACUUUUUGCAGGUUGUAUUUAGGAACUUAUUUUUUAAUUUGAAUUAAAGUAAACUAUAUGCUUUAGGUUAAGAAGUCAGUAUGACACAAAAAUAAGUACUGUCUGAACACAGAUGUGAUGUCUCUGCGUGGUACACUUUGGUGUAUCCAUACCUGAAGGUAGCAUUAAAAAAAGAGUUGAUCCAUCAGCAAGGUUAAUUAGUCUUUUCAGUGGACAUAGGGGGAAAAUGACCCUGGAAACACUGUUUCUUUUAAUGAUCCCUUCUUGUCUCAGAUUUUUUUAGCCUUUAAAAGGCAUGGGACCUUUAAAAGCUUGUUUCCAUAUACUGAUUUUUUUAUGACAGUGUGAGAAACCAAAGGAUUUUCAUUUUAAAGUACAGAAUAAGAGCAUCUCUCCUUUCAAAGUCUGUCAGUUACAUGCAUAUCAUAGAAUCACAGGAUGGUGGGGGCUGGAGGGGAUCUUUAGAGAUCAUCCAGUCCAACCCUCCUGCCAAAGCAAGGUCCCACCUCUAUCAGGUCACACAGGAACAUGUGCAGGUGGGUUUUGAAGCCCUCCAGAGAAGGAGCCUCCACACCCUCCCUGGGCAGCCAGGGCUCCCUCACCUCACACUGAAACAAUUUCUCCUUAUGUUUAAAAGCAACUUUUUGUGCUCCAGCUUCAUCCCAUCACCCCUUGUCCUGUCACUGGAUACAACAGAAGAAAGUUCUGCCCGAACCUCCUGACACCCACCAUUGAGAUAACUCGUAAAUAGUUCUAUAUUAUAUUGUUAUAUACUUGUAAAUAUGUUUGCAUCUACCCCUAAAUUAUAUCCCCACACUAUAUACAGCAUUGGAAUCGAUACCAGAAAACAAAGUGUGUUUCAUUAUAUAACCAAAUAUACCUUGUACUCACAAUAGUUCCUCUUUUGAGGAAAUAACUAUCAAAUUGUGUCAGUUUUGUGAGCUGAUCUUAAGCUUUUCUCCUGUCUCUUCACUUCUCUUUUCAUC